AUGAGCAGGAACCUCCUGAAGCUUAACGGUAGCAAAACUGAGGCCCUGCUCAUCGGCUCCAAAUCCACCCUCACCAAUUCACAUAUCACCCCAGCAUCAAACAUCAUCAUCGACGGCUUCCCCAUACCAUUCGCUGCCCAAGUGAAAAGCCUCGGUGUCAUUCUGGACGGCUCCCUCUCAUUCGCACCACACAUACAAAACAACGCCCGCACCGCCUUCUUUCAUCUUCGGAACAUCUCCAGACUCCGCUCAUCUCUGUCUCAACCCAGCACUGAAAUCCUGGUCCACUCAUUCGUCACAUCCCGGAUUGAUUACUGCAAUGCACUUCUGACUGGCCUUCCCAUCAAGCUCCUCAAUAGACUGCAAAUAAUCCAGAACUCUGCUGCCCGGAUCAUCACCGGCUUCCUGUACGCUACCAGUUUACGAUGCUGUAUGGAGGCAUCGCUGGUGUUCAGACUCCAUGAGCGAGGUCCAGAGGUGGUGAGGGAGGUGCUCUUGGAGCGAGGAUGGGAGGAAUAUGAUGAGGAGGAACGGGAGGAAGAGGACUGGAACUUGUACUGGAGAGGAUCUGCGUUUCGCAACUCAGAAUAUCUCAACCUAAUGCCAUGGCAGCGCCUCAACCACCAUCCCAAGACUGUCGGGAUCACACGCAAGGACUGUUUGGCACGCAACCUGAGGAGAAUGAGAACCACGUUCGGUUCGUCUCUCUACGACUUCAGUCCCACCGCCUUCAUCCUGCCCAACGACUACACUCGCUUCCUGUCCGAGUACAACAAAGUGACCAGAGGACCGUCGGCCUGUUGGAUCUGUAAGCCUGUGGAUCUCUCCAGAGGCCGAGGCAUCUUCAUCUUCGAGGAUAUGAGGGAGUUAGUCUACGACUGCCCUGUGAUCGUACAGCGCUACAUCAGCAACCCUCUGCUCAUCUCCGGCUACAAGUUCGACCUGAGGAUCUACGUCUGUGUGAAGAGCUUCCAUCCACUCACGGUUUACAUUCACCAGGAAGGUCUGGUGCGCUUUGCCACCGAGAAGUACAACCUGUCAUCUCUGCACAACCUGUACGCUCAUCUCACCAACACCAGCAUCAAUAAGUUCAGCCCCUUCUACAAGUCGGAGAAGGAGAGUGUGGGCCGAGGCUGCAAGUGGACCAUGAGCAAGUUCAGGCACUUCCUCCAGAGCCAAGACAUCAACGAGCUCCUUUUGUGGCAGAGGAUCAAUAACAUCGUGACUCUGACGCUCCUCACCAUCGCUCCCACCGCCCCUUCCUGUCCGAACUGCGUGGAGCUGUUGGGGUUCGACAUCCUGAUCGAUGCAGAGUUCAAACCGUGGCUUCUGGAGGUGAACUACAGCCCCGCGCUGACUCUGGACUGCCAAGCUGAUAUCACGGUGAAGAGAGGGCUCAUUGGCGAUCUGAUUGAUUUGAUGAAUUAUAAAUUGACUGACAGCUUGAGAGAGAGGGCGUUUCAGAGACAAGGGUACAACAAACCUUGUAUCCAUGCCCAACACGCCUCACCGGUUUCAAUACCUUCAAUAACCAAAUAUCAGAAGCGAAGAAACCAAUCUUUACAGACUCUCCCUAAGAUAAAAACUCAUCACCACCCUGAACAAAUCAACCAAAGACAACAUGCUUUUGCAGCGGUUUACCAAAGACACCUUCCCCCUGUUCACCUAAACAAGAAGUAUGCAUCCAAAGUAGUGGCAGCCAACAAAUCCGACACCGAUGACAGGACCACAAACCUGAUCCUCGGCCCACAGUCGAGACCAGACGUGUCAGUGGUGAACAGACAGACGUGGCCAGAUCGUGCCCCGUGGCUGACAGACAACAGGAGUCUUCGUGUGUCUGAGGUUACAAACUACGACGACACUGAAACAGAAGCCGAGGCGGACGUUUCCUCUUCGUUACCCGAGAUCCCACACAGGGGGCUUGGAUUCAGACGGGAAAAGCUCCCAGACAUUUACAGUGGGAUUCGGAGAGUAAGAAAAGAGAGGCCGGCAGCACUGAACCGACAACACGUUACUCCGCUCAGAGUCGGAGACUUUAUCCGGACGUUCCCGUUCAACGCAGCCACUCUGAAGGCCUCGCAGCACACACCGGAUGUUAAACAAGUGAUGUAUGAGCUGCACAAGCUCACUGCUCAGCUGGCUUCAAGAAAGAAGUUGAAGAGACGAGAGGAGGAGGAGGAGAGAGAUGGUGAAGAAGACUUUGAUUCUCUGUUGUGGGGGCCGAAGGAUCCUCCAUUGCUCAGUCAUUGUGUUAAACCCUUUUAGAGGUGCAUUUCUUUCUUUCAGACUCUGAUG